GAGGAGGAGGAAGGAGGAGGCAAAGAAAAGAAGCGGCGGCGGCGGCGGCGGAGGAGGGGGCGAGGAGGCGCGCGGCCCCCCGCUCCCUCCCUCCCCCCCUAACCUCCGACCCCCACCGGCCGGCCCCCCGCCCCAGCCCCGGAGGGAGCUCAUGGGAGUAUGAAGGAGAUGGUAGGAGGCUGCUGCGUAUGUUCGGACGAGAGGGGCUGGGCCGAGAACCCGCUGGUCUACUGCGAUGGGCACGCGUGCAGCGUGGCAGUCCACCAAGCUUGCUAUGGCAUCGUCCAGGUGCCAACCGGACCCUGGUUCUGUCGGAAAUGUGAAUCUCAGGAGCGAGCUGCCAGGGUGAGGUGUGAGCUGUGCCCACACAAAGACGGGGCAUUGAAGAGGACUGACAAUGGAGGCUGGGCCCAUGUGGUGUGUGCCCUGUACAUCCCGGAGGUGCAGUUUGCCAACGUGCUCACCAUGGAGCCCAUCGUACUGCAGUAUGUGCCUCAUGAUCGCUUCAACAAGACCUGUUACAUCUGUGAGGAGCAGGGCCGGGAGAGCAAGGCAGCAUCAGGAGCCUGCAUGACCUGUAACCGCCAUGGAUGUCGACAAGCUUUCCAUGUUACCUGUGCCCAAAUGGCAGGCCUGCUCUGCGAGGAAGAAGUGCUGGAGGUAGACAAUGUCAAGUACUGUGGCUACUGCAAAUACCAUUUCAGCAAGAUGAAGACAUCCAGGCACAGCAGUGGGGGAGGAGGAGGAGGAGGAGGAGGAUCUGGAGCAGGAGGAGGAGGCAGCGGAGGUGGUGGUGGCAGCAGCAGCAGCAGCAGUGGUGGCAGUGGUGGCGGCACAGGGGGAGGCAGCAGUAGCUUCGUCGCUGGCAGGAGAAGCCGGUCAACCUCACCAUCCGCUCAGCAGGAAAAGCACCCUACCCAUCAUGAGAGGGGCCAGAAGAAGAGUCGAAAGGACAAAGAACGCCUUAAACAGAAGCACAAGAAGCGGCCUGAGUCUCCCCCCAGCAUUCUUACCCAGCCUGUGGUCCCCACUGCUGACAAGGUCUCCUCUUCAGCUUCCUCUUCCUCCCACCAUGAGGCCAGCACUCAGGAGACCUCUGAGAGCAGCAGGGACUCAAAGGGGAAAAAGUCUUCCAGCCAUAGCCUGAGUCAUAAGGGGAAGAAACUGAGCAGUGGGAAAGGCUCAUCCCUGCAGAGCUCCCCUGACUUCUCUGCAUUCCCCAAACUGGAGCAGCCAGAAGACGACAAGUACUCCAAGCCCACAGCCCCUACCCCUUCAGCCCCUCCCUCGCCCACAGCCCCUGAGCCCCCCAAGGCUGACCUGUUUGACCAGAAAGUGGUCUUCUCUGGCUUUGGGCCCAUCAUGCGCUUUUCCACUACCACCUCCAGCUCGGGCCGGCCUCGGGCCCCGUCCCCCGGGGAUUAUAAAUCUCCCCAUGUCUUGGGGCCUGGGGCCUCAACUGGCACCCACAAGCGAAUGCCUACCCUGAGCACCACCUCUGCACCUGUUGAGGAGACCCCAGAGACAGCCCUGAAGGAGAAGAAGCACAAAGCCAGCAAGAGAAGCCGACAUGGGCCAGGCCGUCCCAAGGGCAGCCGGAAUAAGGAGGGCCCUGGGGGCCCAGCUGUCCCUUCCUUGCCUGGUGCCCAGCUGGCUGGUUUUACUGCCACUGCUGCCUCACCCUUCUCUGGAGGUUCCCUAGUCAGCUCUGGCCUGGGGGGUCUGGCUUCCCGCACCUUUGGGCCUUCUGGGAGCUUGCCCAGCCUGAGCCUGGAGUCCCCCCUGCUGGGGGCAGGCAUCUACACCAGUAAUAAGGACCCCAUCUCCCAUGGUGGUGGGAUGCUGCGGGCUGUCUGCAGCACGCCUCUCUCCUCCAGCCUGCUGGGGCCCCCAGGGACCUCAGCCCUGCCCCGCCUCAGCCGCUCCCCAUUCACCAGCACCCUCCCCUCCUCCUCUGCUUCCAUCUCCACCACUCAGGUGUUUUCUCUGGCUGGCUCUACCUUCAGCCUCCCUUCUACCCACAUCUUUGGAACCCCCUUGGGCGCCGUUAACCCCCUCCUUACCCAAGCUGAGAGCAGCCACACAGAGCCAGACCUUGAGGACUGCAGCUUCCGGUGUCGGGGGACCUCCCCCCAGGAGAGUCUGUCUUCCAUGUCCCCCAUCAGCAGCCUCCCUGCACUCUUCGACCAGACAGCUUCUGCACCCUCCGGUGGCAUCCAGUUAGAUCCAGCAGCCCCAGGAACCACUAAUAUGGAGCAGCUGCUGGAGAAGCAGGGCGAUGGGGAGGCUGGUGUCAACAUUGUGGAGAUGCUGAAGGCUCUGCAUGCACUGCAGAAGGAAAACCAGCGGCUGCAGGAACAGAUACUAAGCCUGACAGCCAAGAAGGAGCGGCUGCAGAUUCUUAAUGUGCAGCUCUCCGUGCCCUUUCCCGCCCUACCUGCUGCCCUUCCUGCCACCAACGGCCCUGUCCCUGGGCCCUAUGGCCUGCCUCCCCAAGCGGGCAGCAGUGACUCCUUGAGCACCAGCAAGAGCCCUCCGGGCAAGAACAGCCUUGGCCUGGACAACUCUCUGUCCACGUCCUCAGAGGACCCACACUCAGGCUGCCCAAGCCGCAGCAGCUCAUCACUGUCCUUCCACAGCACGCCCCCACCGCUGCCCCUGCUCCAGCAGAGCCCUGCUACUCUGCCCUUGGCCCUGCCUGGGGCCCCUGCCCCCCUCCCGCCCCAGCCACAGAAUGGGUUGGGCCGGGCACCUGGGGCAGCCGGGCUGGGGGCCAUGCCCAUGGCUGAAGGGCUGUUGGGGGGGCUGACAGGCAGUGGGGGCCUGCCCCUCAAUGGGCUACUGGGGGGAUUGAAUGGGGCUGCUGCCCCCAACCCUGCGGGCUUGAGCCAGGCUGGUGGGGCCCCCACACUGCAGCUGCCAGGUUGCCUGAACAGCCUGACAGAGCAGCAGAGACACCUCCUCCAGCAGCAAGAGCAGCAGCUCCAGCAGCUCCAGCAGCUCCUUGCCUCCCCACAGCUGACCCCGGAGCAUCAGACUGUUGUCUACCAGAUGAUCCAACAGAUCCAGCAGAAGCGGGAGCUGCAGCGGCUGCAGAUGGCGGGGGGCUCCCAGCUGCCCAUGGCCAGUCUGCUGGCAGGAAGCUCUACCCCACUAUUGUCCGCGGGCACCCCUGGCCUUCUGCCCACAGCGUCAGCCCCACCCCUGCUGCCCGCCGGAGCCCUGGUGGCCCCCUCACUGGGCAACAAUACAAGUCUCAUGGCUGCAGCAGCUGCGGCUGCAGCAGUAGCAGCAGCAGGCGGACCUCCAGUCCUCACUGCCCAGACCAACCCCUUCCUUAACCUGUCAGGGGCGGACGGCAGUGGCAGUGGCCCCAAAGGAGGGACUGCUGACAAAGGAGCCUCAGCCAACCAGGAAAAAGGCUAACUCUACCAGUGCUCCUCCUGACCCCUACGUGGAGGGCUUAGACCCUGGCCUGAGAUGUCCUACCCUGGAGCAGGCACCUGGGCCCAGACACUGGAGGGCCUGGCCCAGAGCAUAUGCUGAGACCCAGAGAGUACAGGGAACUCCUGGUGCCAAGGAUGGAGACCUGGAGACCAGGAGGGGGAGUCCUUCCACCUGCCCCUUCCUUCUCCGCACUGUCUGGUUAAGAGGCCCAGAGGAAGGACAGGUUCUAAGCCUACCUAAGAGCAAAUGUUUAGAGCCCCUUAAAAGAGCAAAGUGGGCUAUAGCAUGAGUUGGGAGGGCUGGUUGGACCCACCACAUAAAAUGGAUCAGCACUUGAAUAGUAAGAAGUGGAGGGGUGGGCGUUAGGUCUGUCCCUGGGUGGAAAUCCUGUAUGGAAGAAGGGCUGGCCCCACUUGACCUUCAGUUUGUUCCCAAGCUGGGCAGAUGGCAGAAGGGAUCCCUUCGACUGUUUCUCCCCAUCCUCCCUUUCCCCCGCCAAGGGCCCUAAGCUGAGCUUGUAAAAGCCUACAGAUUUGAGGCGGAGGAAGGACAGGAUAGCAUUAGACUCAGCCCAGGCCUCUGGCAUCUCUUAGGGCCCCAGUGAUUGGGGUGUGAGGAGGCCCUUGCAUCCUGCCCCUUGUUUGCACUAUUGGCUUGAGGAGUGCCGAGGGUUGGGAGAUGGAGCUGCCUGACUCCACAGAGUGUGAGUGCGUGUGUGUGUGUGUGUGUGUGUGUGUGUGUGUGUGUGUGUGUGUCUGCCUGCCUGUCUGUCUGUCUGUCUGUCUCUUCCCCUGGACCUGGGGCAGCCUAGGGCAGGGAUAGGAGUGAUGGUCAGUGCCAGAGUGGGGAGCUCCCAGCUCUUGUUUGUAUCCUCCCCACCUCACCAACUCUGGUUCCUUUCUAGGGCAUGAAUGGUUAACAAAAUCUGGAACAGUACUCCAGUAUUGGAGAGUAACUGGGGGGCUUUGAAUCAGGGUAAUAUCCUGCCUUCCCUCCCCCAGGCCCCACUUGGUCUCAGGGGCCCCCCAGGGCCCUCUGACCCCACUGGUAGUUGGUUCUUCUUUACUGGCAUGAGGGAUUCGGAGUGGGGACAAGGGCCACUUUUAGCAAGUCUCCCUUUUAUAGCCAGCCUGCCUCACAAAUUCUCCAACCCCGGCCAAUGAGGGGAGCCACAAAAGCUGAUUAACAACCGUCCCCUCACCCACCAGCUUCUUCCUGAGGUGUAGUGGGUGGUUCUCACCAUAGCAGAAUCCCAUCUGCCCAGGACCUUUGGCAAGAAGUCCAAGUGGGACAUGGGAGAGAGGCAAUGGAGGCCCGUGUCCCUUUCAAAUGCACUGGGUGGAGUUGAGGGCUGGCUUCUAGCUUUCCCUAAUGCCCAUGUCUGUCAGUCUCUUUGCAUGUGUGCAUUUUUGUGUGUGUUUCUGUUUGGAUUUUUGUUGUCAUUGGGGUUUUUUUUUU